AAGACAAAAAUCCUAAUCCCAGUUCACAAGUCUCUCUCUCUCUCUCUCUCUCUCUCUCUCUCUUCUCUUCCACUGCGAAUAACAAUGGGUCAGGGAACACCCGGCGGUCUGAACAGGCAAGGCCAAGGCGGCGACAGAAAGAACGAAGGCGACAAGAAAGAGAAGAAAUUCGAGCAACCGGCCCCGCCGGCCCGAGUCGGCCGUAAACAACGCAAACAGAAGGGCCCCGAGGCCGCGGCCCGGCUCCCGACGGUGACUCCCGUGACCAAGUGCAAGCUCCGUCUCUUGAAGCUGGAGAGGAUCAAGGACUACCUCCUGAUGGAAGAGGAGUUCGUCACCAACCAGGAGCGGUUGAAGCCGCAGGAGGAGAAGACCGAAGAGGACCGAUCCAAGGUCGACGAUCUGCGGGGGUCGCCGAUGAGUGUGGGGAAUUUAGAGGAGCUGAUAGACGAGAAUCACGCGAUUGUUUCGUCGUCGGUGGGCCCGGAGUACUAUGUCGGGAUCUUGUCGUUUGUGGAUAAGGAUCAGCUUGAGCCUGGUUGCGCGAUCCUUAUGCAUAAUAAGGUGCUUUCUGUUGUUGGGCUUCUGCAAGAUGAAGUUGAUCCUAUGGUGUCUGUCAUGAAAGUUGAGAAGGCUCCUUUGGAAUCCUAUGCUGACAUAGGCGGGUUGGAUGCACAAAUACAGGAAAUUAAAGAAGCAGUCGAACUUCCUUUGACACACCCAGAAUUAUAUGAAGACAUUGGAAUCAAACCUCCCAAGGGGGUCAUACUGUAUGGAGAGCCGGGAACAGGCAAGACAUUGCUUGCAAAGGCAGUGGCAAACUCUACAUCUGCAACCUUCCUACGUGUUGUUGGAAGCGAAUUAAUUCAAAAAUACCUGGGUGAUGGUCCGAAGUUAGUGAGGGAACUUUUCAGGGUUGCUGAUGACCUUUCACCUGCAAUUGUAUUCAUUGAUGAAAUUGACGCAAUUGGUACGAAAAGGUACGAUGCCCACUCAGGCGGCGAACGCGAAAUCCAGAGGACUAUGUUGGAACUGCUGAACCAGCUAGAUGGUUUUGAUUCCAGAGGAGAUGUCAAGGUGAUUCUCGCAACAAACAAAAUUGAAACCCUUGAUCCAGCGCUGCUUCGGCCGGGUAGAAUAGAUAGGAAGAUAGAAUUCCCACUUCCUGAUAUUAAAACUAGGAGGCGCAUUUUCACGAUACACACAUCAAGGAUGACAUUGGCCGAUGAUGUCAACUUAGAAGAGUUCGUUAUGACCAAGGAUGAGUUUUCUGGAGCUGAUAUAAAGGCAAUAUGCACCGAAGCUGGUUUGCUGGCUUUAAGAGAGCGCCGUAUGAAGGUUAUGCAUGCAGAUUUCAAAAAGGCCAAAGAUAAGGUCAUGUUCAAGAAGAAAGAGGGAGUGCCAGAAGGGCUCUAUAUGUGAAGACAUCCUUCCUGUUCUCUUCCGAUAUUGCCCCAUUUCGUUGUAGUACUUGUUUUCGAGUACGACUCAGUUUUCUGUGUAUUUUCUAGUUGAAUAUUUGGCUGUGAGCCAUGCAAAUAGAUUGCCAUACGUAAGAGAAUUGAAGUGCUGUUGGGGCAUUGAAUUUGUUUCCCUUAAUAGACAUAUUUCCAUAUGAGUUGACGUAGGAAAAACUGCAGUUUCUGAUUUUGUUUGAAGUUCUGUUGGGGCAUCUAUUUGGUUUUUGUUUUUACACCUAAUGUUUAGAAGUUGAAAGAAAAUGUUCAAUA